AUGCAGUAUAAAUUGUUGCUCACGGCCCUUCUUUCUCUGCUGCCGGUUACCAUCGCAGCCGAUCCUCGCUACUGUCAGGGGAAAACGAGCCUUAACACCCAAGACUUCACUCUCAAGGAGUCUCUGGAUAAUGCUCACCUGCCUGUGCUAUCCAAGUACUUCAAAUCAAAGGGCAAGAUUGCAAGCGUCACGGCGGUACUUCAAUCUGCCAACCGUGCUCUAAGCAAAGGCUCACCCCCAGUCGGCAAGGAAUCUCCUGUCGAGGCAUGGGCGUGGAACUCAGGCGACGACAAGACGAAGGAGUGGAUCCCCCAGGGAAUCACCAGCUCGGCCGACGCAUACGCAAAGGGAACCUGGAAUGAUCAUGAGGCAUGGGUCGUCAGUUGGUAUCGCGACGGGGAUAGCGUCCGGCUCAGCUUUGUCGACCGCAAGACACACAAGUAUCGGCACGUCAUGCUUGUAUACCCUACCGCAGACGACGACUUCAAAUCGAUCGCCAUCCACGCCAGCGGCAUCAUGUGGUAUGGAAAUGUGGUGUAUGUCGUCGACACCAAGAAUGGCAUUCGCGCUUUCGAUCUGGAUAAUAUUUGGGAAGUUGAAAUUGCAGACGGUGUCGGAAAGUCCAAGGAUGGCAAAUCGUAUUCCGCAGAUGGGUACCUAUAUGUGCUUCCUCAAAUCCGUUGGUACAAAUGGACCCCUGGUGAAGACUCGCAUUUCCGUUUCUCUUGGAUCUCUCUGGACCGCAGUGAUUCACCCGAUACUCUCAUGGUGGGCGAGUUUGUGCGCGACGGAGAGAAGUCCAAGGAAAACAAUACCCCCGUCCCCAUUCGCUAUGUCAAGUACAAUUUGGAUUCUUCGACUCGCAGGCUUCAUACCAAAAACGAAAUUGCCACGGCCAGCUGGGCGUAUUGUGUCAAUAUCCCCAAUGUCCAGGGUGCUGUUUCGUACGAUAAGAGGUUCUACAUUUCCCGCAGCACUGGCCGAGCCCCUAAACAGGGCGAUCUUUUCAUCUGGGAACAGGGGAAGACGGCGACAGAACACCAAGGGUGGUUUAUGGCCGGAAAUGAAGAUAUGAGCUUCAAUCCUGUGCACAAAGAGUACUAUACAGUCACUGAGUAUGACAGAGACCGGUAUAUUUUGGCAUACAAGGUCUAG